AUGGAGCAGAAAGAGCCGAAGACAUUUCUAACGGUGGCCCCAUUCGAGUGUGCGUGGCUUGAAGACCUUCCUUUCAAGGAGGCUGGCCGUGGCUGUGUGGCUUUUGAUGCCUUUGCCCACAACGAUGUCACUGUAGUCUUCCGGGAGAAAACGGGCAGCCAGCAUUACCACUACAAGCGUGACAACAGUCCUCACUACACUGUCAUCAUCGGCAGUCACCGCAACAAGAGGCUAAACAUCGAGGUCGAUGGGAAAACUGCGGUCGAUGUGGUAGGCAUCGACCUCCACUGCUCGUCUGCCUUUCAGAGUUACUGGAUAAGUGUGUACGAUGGGCUCAUCAGCAUCGGCAAGGGGCGCUACCCUUUUCAGAACCUCGUCUUCCAGUGGCUCGACUCGAACCCCAACCGAAGCGUGCAGUACGUGGGGCUCAGCAGCUGGGAUCGCCACGUGGGGUACAGGAACGUGAGCGUGCUGCCCCUCACGGGGAAUCACGUCUCCCUGUGGAAGAACCCGGAUGAUGGUGAUGAUGAGAUUGAGGAGGGUGGUUGUAUUGGUGGGGAUUUCAAGAAUCAGGGGCUCGGAAUUUUUCUGGAGAGUUGGGAGCUGUCUGACGUGAUUUUUCUGGUUGGGGAAGAGGAGAGGGUCGUGCCGGGGCAUAAGGUGGUACUGGCGGCGACUGGGAAUUUUAGGCUGAGCUCGUCGGGGGAGAAUGUCGUGCAGCUGGAAGAUUCUUCAUACCCUGUGGUUCACGCGCUUCUUGAGUAUAUCUACACGGGCAACACGAAGGUCCCUGAGUCGCAGCUCAGUUCUCUAAGAGAUUUGAGUUUACGGUUUGAAGUAAAUACAUUGGCAAGACAGUGUGAAGAGAUGAUUGAGCGUUUUAAACUCAACAAGAAGCUUUUCGACUCGGGAAAAUGUGUGGAGAUGUCAUAUCCAAGUGCUCGGCUGAACUGCUCUGCUGUGUUCCUGAACAGAUUGCCCAUUGAUGUCAAACGGCUUAAUAGUUUUCGGUUGACCAGUGAGUACAGUGACGUGGACAUUUAUAUUGAAGGCCAUGGUCUUGUUGCACGGUCGCAUAGAAUUAUACUUAGCUUAUGGAGUUCCCCGUUUACCAAGAUGUUCACAAAUGGAAUGAUUGAAAGUGUUUCUCCAAAGAUCUUCUUGAAAGAUGUCUGCUCUGAAACAUUUAAGAUUAUGCUCGACUUCAUGUACAGCGGUGAAAUAAAUCAAGAAGAUAUCACGGAUAUUGAUAUGUUGCUACUUCAGCUUCUUCUAAUGGCAGAUCAGUUUGGAGUUUCGCUGCUUCAUCAAGAAUGCUGUAAACGACUUUUAGAACACCUAUCUGAGGACUCAGUGUGCCAAAUUUUGCUAGUUGUUCAGUCCGUACCUUCUUGUAAAAUAAUUGAAGAAACAUGCGAGAGGAAAUUCGCCAUGCAUUUUGAUUACUGCACAACUGCAAGCAUCGACUUUGUCAUGCUAGACGAGACGUCAUUUCGGAACAUUCUUCAGCAUCAAGAUUUGACGGUAACUUCUGAAGAACGAGUUCUUAAUGCAGUCUUGCUGUGGUGUUGCGAAGGAAAAGAGUUGUUUGGAUGGGAAAUUAUAGAUGAAAUGUUGCUGAAUGCACCAGAAAACGUUUUUCGUGAAAGGCUCAAGUAUCUCGAUGGAUUUUUAAAUUUGGUGAGGUUCCCUUUGCUGUCUUCUUCAGUUCUGCAAAAGUUGGAGAGAAGCAACCUCAGCACGUGCAUCCCUACACUCAGUAAAUUGGUGAAAGAAGCCAUUGGGUUUUUGGAAUUCGGGUCUUCUGCAAGUGAUGAUAAAGAUGUAAACAAAUACCAGCACAGGAAAUCAAGUUUUAAAGAACUCCAGUAUAUAUGCGACGGUGAUAGCAACGGAGUCUUGUACUUUGCAGGCACAUCCUAUGGGCAACAUCAGUGGGUAAAUCCUGUUUUAUCCAAGAGAGUAAUCGUUACUGCAAGUAGCCCGAUUUCCAGAUUCACAGAUCCUAAGGUUUUAGCCUCGAGGAGUUACCAGGGGACAUCUUUUGCCGGGCCUCGAGUGGAAAACGGACGAAACACGGCAUGGUGGAUGGUUGACAUUGGCCACGGUCAUCAGUUGAUGUGCAACUAUUACACGCUAAGGCAGGAUGGAUCGACAGCUUUCAUCAGGAAAUGGAGCUUCCAGGGCUCGAUGGAUGGCAACAGCUGGACAAACUUGAGAGUACACGAGAACGAUGAGACGAUGAUCAAGCCCGGUCAAUUUGCAUCGUGGCCCGUUGUUGGCCCGAAUGCGCUUCUUCCCUUUAGAUACUUUCGAGUUGUUCUGAUGGCUCCAACUACCGAUACCACUAACCCCUGGAACUUGUGCAUAUGUUUCCUCGAGCUGUAUGGCUAUUUCCAUUAA